CGGAAGCGAGUUGUUUGUGUUGUGCAAAUGGGCUGCGGUGGUGGAUUGCGUGAUGAGAAAUUCAAGGAUAUUGACGAUGGGGUGGAAUUCCGGUGUCUCUGCUCUCAAGGAUUUGGGGUGGAGGGAGGUGCAUUGAUUGGAAAAGAAGAAACGAGGAAGCAACGUCAGGAAGAUCGAUUUCCUGUCUUUAUAGCGACGAAUGUAUUGGUUGAAUAAACAAAUUUAUUAGCAAAUGAUGUGGGUGGGUUGUUUCUGCUUCUGGUUGAUCAAUACCCCCAACGGAAAGAUUCAGUUGUUCCGGAGAGUUUUCCACGAGAGGAUGGCCAGAGAAAUUCUCGAGGAGUGUGUGAGACAGGAUGUGCUGGUUGAUGAGGACUUUGUGGCCUUCUAUGUGGCUCAUUUGCCCGAAGAGACGCAGGAAAUUGGUCGGAUUGUGAACUUCCUGGCGGACAAGAAGCGUCCAGCAUUGAUCACACUAAAGAUGCAAUUCUAUCUGUCUGAGAAUCCCGCUUCAGUGGAGAAGAUUAAGCAAAAGUAUCGAGAGAAUCUCAAGCAGAAGACGGCUAAACUCUCACGGGAGAUCCUCGAAGGGCUCCCAAAAACAAAGGAAGAGCGCAGGAAGUUUCUGCGUAGGAUUGUGGUGGAUCUCGUUGUGAACAGCAACAUUGGGAGUCCGGCAAAUGAGAGAGUCCUGGAAGAGACUGAAGCUGCUCUCAAGAGCGUCAUAGCUGAGAGUGAUGUCGUCACAUUUUCCAGCCUCAGGCGAGUGGACAAAGUCCGUACGCUGGAUGAUCUCCGGAGGAUUGUUUGUGGUAUUCGGGUCUUCAAUAAUGAUGCUGGACACUGUGGCGAGGGCAUUGUCAACUUGGCUGAGAUUGUUGAGAAAUCUCUGGAAGCAACAAUAAAUCUUCUCACAGCUUCCCUGGAGCAAUGCAAGAAGAGAAGCUCCCUGUAUGGCUCCUUCUUGGCUUCAUGUCUCACAGGGAAGGGCAUCAAACUCCCAGCUUCCUGCUCAGAGGAACUCUUUGAGAUUUUCAAGGAAAUUGGAAUCUUGUGCAUUCAGCAUGAGAACUUUGUCAGUUCUCUCAAUUCCGUCGCUUUGUCUUUCAAAUUUGACGUCUUCCGCACACUGGAUAGCUUCCGGACACUCCUUAAGAGUAUUCAUGAGAAAGUUAAAUAUCGCGCUGCAAUUCCCACCGAUGAGAUUUAUCCAAAAUUCAAGGAUUUAGGUGUUCUGUGGCAGGAACUUCAGGAUUGCGUCUAUGUCCUGUCAGAAUUGAAUCUCAUGAAUGACAAUCUUGCUUUCUUUGCUGAUCGAACCAGUAGCUAUGAUGACAUUGUGGCAGGGAUGCCUCCAAAAGAUUCCGGAACAGAUAAAACAGACAACUCAGAAAAGGAAUCAGAAGAGAAGAUUGAAAAAAUUGCAAUUCCUGGCUAUUUGAAGGACGUAAAAGCCAUUGAGGAAGCUCCUGGAGAGAAAAUUGCUUUCUCCAGCUUCUGCCCAUGGGCACUUGCUCAUGGAAUCCUUCUUCUGGGCAAUAAAUUUCUGGGAUUUGCAGAAUUUAAUGAAUCUCGUUGCUUCACAUUCUAUUCCAAGGAGUUUUCCUGGGCUUUUCUGACUAAAAUUGCACCCACAGAGAGGAAAAUCAUCAAGGAGUGCACAUCCCGGCCAGAACUGAAGAUUCUCCUGGAAAAUCAAACGAAUGACAAACCGGCGGAGGAGAUUCUGGUCAAGAGUGUAAAAGUUGAUCAGGAAAUCCAAACAGAACUCCAUCCAAUUCCUCCCUUCUUCGACAGGAGCCACUCCCCUCUGCGCACGGAUAAGAAGUUAAGGUGCCAUUCCACACAGACUCUCCGGGAGUCCUGCACGCAGACAAUUGAGGUUCAAGAUAAGAAAAUUCAGACAAAUUCCAGGAAAUAAAUUAAAAAUCAUCUUCUUUAAUAAA